AUGGAGUGUAGCACAAUGGGAUGGUUCUGGGAAACCAAGCCUUCCCAAACGUCCCAGGGCGCAGGCAAUGAUGCAUACCACGACCUCGAUCCCAGUCUUCGAGACUUCCUCCACAAGCAAAACCCCACAGACCACGCUGGAUCUCCGUCCAAGUCAGCGGCUCAGCCAUCACCACCUCCGCCGUCCGCUCAAUCAGAAACUACCUACCGCGCACGAUUCGGCCUCGACGUCCCCGGCCUCAACCACGACAACCAAAACCCGACCCCCAAAUCCGACCGUCCCUCCGUACCUCCCGAAUCCCUCUACCCAGACGGCCGCUACGCAGAUCUUUGGAAGACAUAUCGCUCGCAAGCCGAAAUCGACACGGAAUCGCGCAGUGACCAGGACAAGCUAGCGGGCGUGCUAGAAGCAGUGCGCGACCGCAAAGCAGCUAUAGGGCGUGCGGCGGUGGAGAACUGCGUGGAAUACCAGCUUCUCGAGCGGGAUUGCUACCGGAAUGGAAGCUGGAUGGAUCGCAUGACGAUGUGCAGGGCGCAGAACCGCGCAUUCAACCGCUGCUAUUCCAUGCAGAGUCGCUUUUUGAAGGCGUUGGGGUAUCUGAGCAGUCAGCACACGUCGGCGGCGGAUGAGGAGCGGAUACAGAUGCACGCGGACAAGCUAUACAACGAGAUGUUACAGAAGGAGGAGAUGAUGGAGAAGGCGAAGGAAAGCGGUGGGGGAGAAGUGCCGACAUUCGACGCGCUGAUUCCGCCGGACGAAACAACAAAGGCGUUGGGCGAGCAGAGUGCGUGGGCGAUUGCGAGGCGCAAAGCGCUGGAAGAGGGCGCGGCGACGCAUUUGAGUGAAUUCCCCGAGCCGAAGCAGAAGGAGGUGCGCGAGCGGUUGAAGAACUUGACCGAGGCGGAGCGGCAGGUGGAGCUGCAAUUGAUUGCGGCGGAGAGCAGGGCCAUGCGCGAGUAUUCCGACCAGAUUGAGGAGGAGUUGAAGGCGCAACGAACAGCGCGGGAGCAGCGGCGGGCGCAAGGGAAGGAGUCGUUUGGCGACACGGUCAAGAGACUGUUGGGCUCGGGCAAUUUGUAG